AAAAAAAAAAAAAAACCCUUUUUGCCAUUGCUGCAACUUCAAGAAUCAACACUAACCUCAGCAAUGGCACAAACAAACUUUCACCCUUCACACAACCAAUCACUCAAUCAAAGACUUAGCAGUUUCAAACAAGUUGGGAUCGAUUACAUCAAUCUUCUGUAUCCAUUCCGCUCUAUUCAGACCCAUUUCGUCCAAAAUUUUCAUCUUUUCCGAGUACCCAAAUCGGAAAAACCAUAUAUUUACUUGAAUUUCACUUCAAAACCCAAAUGGGUAUUCACUAGUUCUAACAUUUCAUCUCCAGAAUGGAUGAAUUUUCCUCUUUUUCGAGUACCCAAAUCCAAAAAACCGUAUUUUUAUGUAAAUUUCACUUCUAAACCCAAAUGGGUAUUCACUGGUUCUAACCUUCCACCUCCAGAAUGGGUUCAUCCAUUCAUUGAUCUUUCUGACUUAAUCACAGACCGCAAAGAUCUCAAACCGUCACCAUGGGUCUCUCGAAUUUUGAAUCUUUUAGACAAUUCAUCAUUGAUGGAGCAGAAUUUAGAUGCUUAUUGCUACAAAUUUCUCAUUAAAUUAUCUCCCACUUUUGUUGCAUAUGUGUUGAAGUCAGAUUACCUUCUGGGUAAGCCUGAUAUCGCGUUUCGUUUCUUUUAUUGGGCUGGUAAGCAAAAAGGGUUUGUUCAUAAUUGUGAAUGCUAUGUGUUUUUAGUUCAGAUUUUAUCUGCUUCACGUGAAUUGGAUAGGAUUAAGCAUGUGUUUAGUGAAUUUAAGCAUAGUAGUUUCUUGAUGAAUGUGGCAGCUGUUAAUUCUUUGAUUAGGAGUUUUGGAGAACUUGGGAUGGUUGAAGAAUUAUUAUGGGUGUGGAGACAAAUGAAAGAAAAUAGUAUUGAGCCUAGUUUAUAUACCUAUAACUUUUUGAUGAAUGGACUGGUGAAUUCCAUGUUUAUUGAAUCUGCUAAACGCGUUUUUGAGGUUAUGGAAAAUGGGAAAGUUAAUCCGGAUAUUGUUACGUAUAAUACUAUGAUUAAGGGGUAUUGCAGAUCUGGGAAGCUUCAAAAGGCAAUGGAGAAAUUUAGAGACAUGGAGGUUAGGAAAGUGGAGCCUGACAAGAUUACUUACAUGACUCUGAUGCAAGCAUGUUAUGCGGAGGGAGAUUUUGAUUCUUGUUUGGGACUUUAUCACGAAAUGGAGGAAAAGGACUUGGAUAUUCCACCACACGCUUAUACGUUAGUGAUUGGAGGGCUUUGUAAAGUCGGGAAGGUUUUGGAAGGGUUUACUGUUUUUGAAAAUAUGAUCAAGAAAGGUUUGAGACCUAAUCUGUCAAUUUAUACUGCUCUAAUUGACUCAUACAUGAAACAUGGAAACUUGGAUGAGGCUAUGAGACUUUUUGAUAGAAUGAAGAAUGAAGGAUUUGAACCGGAUGAAGUAACAUUUGGGGUUAUUGUAAAUGGUUUAUGCAAGAGUGAAAGGUUGGAUGAGGCCAUGCAGUGGCUUGAGUACUGUCAAAAUAACAAUGUAGCUAUCAAUGCCAUGUUUUAUUCAAGUCUUAUUGAUGGUCUAGGAAAGGCAGGGAGAGUUGAUGAGGCCAGAGAACUCUUUGAGGAGAUGGCUGAGAAGGGAUGUACACGUGAUUCUUAUUGUUAUAAUGCGCUUAUCGAUGCCUUGGCCAAAAAUGAGAAAAUUGAUGAAGCUUUGGUGCUUUUUAAGAGAAUGGAAGAUGAAGGUUGUGAUCAAACAGUUUAUACAUACACAAUAUUGAUCAGUGGCAUGUUUAAAGAGCAUCAAAAUGAAGAGGCACUUAAAUUGUGGCAUAUGAUGAUUGAUAAGGGUAUAACUCCAAAUGCUGCUUCUUUUCGAGCCCUUUCAACCGGGCUUUGUCUUUCUGGAAAGGUAGCAAGAGCAUGUAAGAUAUUGGAUGAGCUGGCACCAAUGGGUGUUAUCCUGGAGACAGCUUUUGAAGAUAUGAUUAAUGUUCUAUGCAAGGCAGGUCGUGUAAAAGAGGCUUGCAAAUUAGCUGAUGGGGUUGUGGAUCGAGGUCGAGAAAUUCCUGGAAAAGUUCGUACUGUUUUGAUUAAUGCCUUGAGGAAGACAGGGAAUGCUGAUAUGGCAGUGAAGUUGAUGCAUAGUAAGAUUGGCAUUGGAUACGACAGGAUGGGUAGCAUUAAAAGGAGGGUAAAGUUUCGAGUUUUGGUUGAAAGCUGAAGCAUUGGAUAAAAGGUAGCAUUGAAUGGAGGAUAAAGUUUUGAGCUUUGGUUGAAAGCUGAGGUGAAAGCUGGAUAUUGUGGUUAUUAUUGGGAUAUUCAAAUAUGCUAUUAUGCUGUCAUGGGUGGUUAUUAGUUAAAUAUUCUGCGGCAAAACGGACAAAGAUGUGAUCAAAUAAGCAAUGAACAUGUCAUUUGACAAAGCUAUGCAUAUCUGCCACUUUAUGGAGUUCUAACAAGCAAAGCAAGAGGUAAAGUUAAUUGAAAUUUUUGUCUAUAAAGAGUGUGAUAAAUCAUCUUGCUUGCGUUAGAUACGGCUUUUCUUUUUUGUUGAAACUGGAAGUACAGUCAACUCACAAAUUGCUUACCCCCUCUGUUGAUUUUAAAUACUUUGUCAAACUCCGCCACAACUAAAAUUGAUGGAUGGGAUUAUAUACCACUCAUAUUAGUUACUAUCUGUCAAAGAUUCUUCUCAUAAGCUCCAUGCCUACACUAAUGCUUUCUAUCAGUUGAUUCAGCAGUUCUUGCUAUCAAUCAAAACAUGGUACUCCCAGACAA